UCUGUUAUCUUCCGUUCCCCGCCGCCCGAGCAGCGGAUUGCCUCCGGACCUGCUCCAGGAUUUAUUUCAUUCUUAUGAAACUUCACAUAUAGCCGCAGCGCUCCUCCCAUGGUGUCCCCGGGAGACUCCCCGGCCUCUACUCGACUUCACGGAAACUAUCGGCGACCGUUUUGGGGUCUUGGAAAUCAUGGAAACGUGGUUUUUGAAUCACGUCCUCGGUGUGUCUCUGUCGGUCCUCUUGCUGGGUCUACCGGGGCCCCUCGGGGCAGGGACCCCCAGUAACAACAGCACGGAUCCGGUAACGGCAGGAUUGUAUCAUUCAGCCGCCACAGAUGAACUCAGCAACUUGGAAAACAAUGCAACUUCAACUUCAUACUCCAGCGAAAGUUUAUCACCAUCACAGAGGAACAUCCUGCUCACACACACUGCUGAGACACACACUGCUGCUGCAGACCUUGACACUGAGCAGACACAAACCUUCACAGAAACAAGCAGCAGGUCACUAGAAACCACACGUCUGUCUACUGAGCCACUCACCUCCGCCCUUGUUGUAGCCACUACUGAGGCCAGCAGCAGCAGCAGCAGCGUCAGUAGCAGCAGCAGCAGCGUCAGUAGCAGCAGUACCAGCAGCAGCAGCGGCAGCGUCAGUAGCAGCAGCACUAGCAGCAGCAGCGGUAGCAUCAGUAGCAGCAGCACCAGCAGCAGCAUCAUCAGCAGUAGCAGUGGCAGCAGCACCGGGAGCAGCAGUGUCAGCAGCAACAGUGUCAGCAGCAGCAGUGGCAGCAGCAGCAGCAACAGUGUCAGCAGCAGCAACAGUGUCAGCAGCAGCAGCAGCAGUGUCAGCAGCAGCAGCAGCAGCAACAGUGUCAGCAGCAACAGUGUCAGCAGCAGCAGUGUCAGCAGCAACAGUGUCAGCAGCAGCAGCAGCAGCAGCAACAGUGUCAGCAGCAGCAGCAGCACAGACUGGAAGGACUUAACUAACACAGACCAGGCGCCAGGCGCUUCCCCUGCUGUGUCCAGGGAGGCUAGCUUCUGGAUGUUGACAGAGGAGGCCAGACUCCCCCAGGACAGUCCAGACACCAGCCUCCGACUAGGAGAUGCCUCAGCCCUGACGUCCCACACAGCCGUCCACACCGACAGCACCUACACUUCCAUCACCAUAACCAAAGCUGGGGAGAGGACUCUGCUGUCUGUCACCUCAUAUUCCAACAACAGCACCUCCUCUGCCUUCACAGAGGACUCCAGCUCCCAUCAGCCCCCCUCCACCUGGGGUACGUCAUCUAGGGCUACAGAGACUGAGGACUACACCCACAGUGCCCCGUCCACCAGGACUGACAGCGGGGACACAACAGACCAGCACAUGACCCACUCCUACAAGGGGACACCCCAAGAGACCGGGAGCCCAGGGGAGUCCAGAGGAACGCAAAGUUUAACCGGACAACCUAACGCCACUCAUCAAUACAUCUCCACAUCAGAGGAAACCUCUGACUCGACACCACCCCUCAGAAUGACGGAGCCCAGCACUGACCAAUCUGAAGUGUCUGUUUCUUUCACGCCUCCUGUCACUUCACCGACAGAGGGCCUUACAAACAUCUCAGGGACAGAGCAGGGGUCGGGCUCUAGUGUUGGCACCUCCACUGAGUCUGUCUCCACCAGAUCCCACCACUCGAGCACUCAAGAGGGCACUGAGGGGGUUUCAUCCCAAACCAGGGACCAAAGCGUCAGCUUGGGUCUGACCACAGCGUCCCCUACAGUCAGCAGUAGUACAUCAGGAGUGGAUAACUCUCUAACAGACACUCCAGUGCUGGUUACUGAGGACUUCCUCACCACCACACCUGUCACUGUGACAGAAAGAUCACACAUAACAGAGGAAGACACCUUCAAAGCCACUGCCUCCACCCCCACCACCACCACCACCACCACCACCACCACCCACACCAUCACCCCUUCUCCACCUGCAACCUCAUCCCCCAGGUUCAGUAGCACGGCCACCAGCUCUACUCCAGAGCCACCUACCGAGGCCACCAUCCCAUACACUACGCCCUCCACCACAGCCUCCACCCUAGCCCUGCUGACCUCAGCAGCGCACCCAACUCUCCAUGUGUCCCCCAGCCAAACCCAGGGGCCUUCAACUGGGAUGGUUAUUCCCACAAAAGCCGCCACCAUGCCGAUAGAAACAAGCACAGGCACUUCAGGAAUCACCACAGCCCAUCGCUGGCGCAUCACCACCACCGUCACCCACAGCACCCCAACCAAGAGUACAGAGGCUGUGCAGACCACCAGGAAACAGACAGUCAGGGGAACUACAGAGCUGGUGGGGACGACAGCACCCACCAAAGCACCACCACCACCAAGAAAUCCUUGUGUGUCAAACCCUUGUAUGAACGGAGGGAUGUGUGUGAGCUAUAAAGGGCAUGAAUACACCUGCCGCUGUCAGCAGGCAUGGACAGGACCGAACUGCAGCCAGGAUGUGGAUGAGUGUGACAGCGACCCCUGCCCUGUCGGGUCCAGGUGUGUAAACACGCGAGGUUCCUUCAGCUGUGAAUGUCCGCUCGGCUUCGAUCUGGAGGACGGACGCACCUGCACCAGAGCAAAGGCUUUUCUGGGAACUUUCAGUGUUAACAGACAGCAACACGACCCGGUGAUCUUCAAGAGCGCCACCAUGCAUGAGAUCCAGAGAGAGAUCAUUCAGCUGCUCAACGCUUCCCUGUCAGUCCUCCGAGGUUACAGCCGCUCAACGCUGAGUAAGAAGGAAGAGGACGGAAUUCAUAUCUUAGCUGUCAACAUGUUUUCCAUUUCCACUGAUGUGACGAGUGCAGAGGUCUACAACAACAUCCAGAUGUCUCUGAGCAACUGCAGCUCCUCUGUGACCCACUGCCGGAUGGUGCUGCACCACCAGCUCUCUUAUCACGUGGAAAGUCUGUGCGUGGCCCAGAAGACUCAGUGUGAUACAGAGCGCUCCACCUGCACGGACAGCAGCGGCACAGCUCACUGCCAGUGUCUGCAAGGAUACUACAAACACAACCCGGAUGACCUGUCCUGCUUAGAAUGUGGGGAUGGCUACAAGCUGGAAAACGGCACCUGUGUCCCGUGUAUGUUCGGAUUCGGAGGAUUUAACUGUGGAAAUUUUUACAAGCUGAUUGCAGUCGUGGUGUCACCUGCAGGAGGCGCUCUGGUCCUCAUCCUCGUCAUUGCUCUUAUUGUCACCUGUUGCAAAAAAGACAAGAAUGACAUCAACAAGAUCAUCUUCAAAAGUGGAGACCUGCAGAUGUCACCAUACGCAGACUUCCCCAAAAAUAAUCGCAUAUCCACGGAGUGGGGCAGGGAGACCAUUGAGAUGCAAGAGAACGGCAGCACCAAGAACCUGCUGCAGAUGACUGACAUUUACUACUCUCCUGCGUUGCGUAACUCAGACCUGGAGAGAAACGGCCUGUACCCUUUCACAGGCCUCCCGGGCUCUCGCCACUCGUGCAUCUACCCAGCCCAGUGGAACCCCUCCUUCAUUAGUGACGAUUCACGAAGACGAGACUACUUCUAACUGCCCCACCUUGAACACACACACACACACACACACACACACACACACACAAACACAGAAACUUAACGUUUUCUGUCUUAGUGACAAUGUUAAAUGUGUGAGCGGCACUGUUUCAGAAAGCCCAUUUCAUCUGCAUUUAGGGCUGCACACUAGCUAUGAAAAUGCAGGUGUGUGUGUGUGCAUGUGCGUGUGUGUGUGAGUGUGCGUGUGUCCAUAUUAUAUAAGAGCACAUUUUUUGCAAGUAAAAUGUUUCCUGAGUGUCAUUGCACGUCCAUUUCACCGUUUUUGCAUGUUUUAGCUCAUUUACUUCAGCUCACACACAUCGCUGCUGUGUCGCUAAAGACUGUUUAAUGUGUUUUUCCCUGCCUCGCAGGCAGCCGCUGAUUCUCAUUUACUUCACUGUACGACAAAAAACAAUUUGCAGAUGCUUGAAACGUGCUUGAGGUAGGUGAUCCACGACGGUGAACGAUCCUAUCCGCUCUGUUGUUGCCUGGUAAUGCAGUACAAAUUUGCUUGCAGAAUCUGCACUGCAUUAAUGCAAAAUGAUAAAUGAAAGCAGAUAUGAUGUUCACCGUGAUCACAGUCAGGAAUGUGAAUUAUUGAAAAGACAUUUAGGUUACAUAAAAAAACACUAGCAAUGUAAAGUGUAUGUUAUGUGUAGCAAAUAGGUUAGAACGUGCAAAAACACUGAUAUGGUCCUUUAGGUGCUGGAACAUGAAUAUGUGGGUGCCACUGCUGUGAUUUGAAAAUAAUUCUUCUUAGAUGACAGUCUGAAUAUAAAGUAUUGAUGGAACAAGAUGACAAACCACUGAAAGAUGGACAAAGUUUAGCGCCAAUAGAAACUGAGGAACGACUUGGAAUUCUUAUGCCGGCGUUUAUUUAUUCCCUCUGUGUCCGAGUCCUUGACAUGUAGCAAAAUGGACAUCUCAUAUACACACUGACAGACUGAGGAGGGACGUGGCUUUAAGUGUGUGUGUGCAUGUGUGUGUGAGUCAGAGAGAGAGAGAGAGAGAGUGAGAGAGAGAGAGAGAGAGAGAUUAUGUGUCUUAAGUAUUGGUGUCUGAGGUGUGUGUUUACAUGUGUGUGAGGUGUAAUUAACUGUAUACCAGAAGGAUCAUAGCUGUCAGUGAGUGUUUGUAAAGAAUGUAAAGAUGUAUCAUAAUUAGUUUGCUAUUUCUGACAUGGAGUAUUAUUUUUAUGUGACUGUUUUUUUUUUCUUUCCUUGUGUUUAUAGAUGAUCUGUUGAUUCUGGCGUUUUAGUCAGACGUGCUUAUUUAAAUAAAAACUUUUGCACAGCA